AUGGCCGACCCCUCCGCCCGCGCCGAGCUCACGAAGCGCCAGAUCCCGUUCAUGACGCUCGCCUCGGGCCUCGCUGACCUCCCCGGCGCGUCCCUCCGCACCGCGUCCGCCGCAGACACGGCGGAGUCCCGCUUCGCGCUCGCCGGGACCGCCGUCGUCACGGGCGGCACGGGGGCCAUCGCCCAGGCCGUCGUGCGCGCCAUGCUCCAGCACGGCCUCACGGGCCUCAUGCUCCUCGACCUGGACGUCGCCUCGGCCGCGGCCACGGCACAGAUCGCCGCCCUCCGCGCCGAAUUUCCGGCCGCGCGGAUCGAGGCGCAGAGCGUCGACGUGACGGACGAGGCGGGCGUCGGGGCCGCCGUGGAGCGCGCGGCCGCGGACCUCGGCGGCGUCGACCACCUCGUGUGCUUCGCGGGCGUGGUGGGCUGCGUGCACGCGCUCGAGAUGCCGGCGGCGCAGUUCCGGCGCAUCCUCGACAUCAACACGACGGGCGCCUUUGUGUGCGCGCAGGCGGCGGCGCGCGUCAUGGCGCGCCAGGGCCGCGGCGGGCGCAUCGUCUUCACGGCCUCCAUCUCGGCGCACCGCGUCAACUUCCCGCAGCCCCAGGCCGCCUACAACGCGAGCAAGGGCGCCCUGCUGCAGCUCAAGAGCAGCCUCGCCGCCGAGUGGGCGCGCUACGGCAUCGCCGUCAACAGCGUCAGCCCCGGGUACAUGGACACCGUGCUCAACGAGGGCGAGGGCUUGCGCGAGGCCCGGGACAUAUGGGCCGCGCGGAACCCCGCGGGGAGGAUGGGAAUGCCCGAGGAGGUGGCUGGCGUCGUCGUCAUGCUCUGCUCGAGGGCGGGGAGCUACUUUAACGGGAGCGACUUGGUCGUCGACGGCGGCGGCAUCGUGUUCUAG